AAGACAGCUACUACCUAUGACGAGUGGGCAGAAGCUGCAACUAAAUUAGACGAACUAGAAGGUUUAAAUGAGUGGAAGGAACAAUUGGAAUCUCCUGAUUACGAUUGGGAACUCGUCAAGGCUAGAUUAGACCAACUACGAGAAAUAAGAAAAUUAAACAAAGGACAGUCCGCGAUGAUAUUUGCCCUGAGAACAAGUUUGGCAAGAAACCUGGGAGAUAUGGGCAAUCUCAAGCUAUACUCUCAUGCACAUAUAGGAACAAAGAACUUGACAACAGACUAUAUAGAAGAAGUAGUUAAACAGCUAAACUGGAUAUGUGACGAGUCUGCAGAUCCAGAAGAGGAUCCUGGCUUGGAUCUUAAAGCUAAACAUGAUUUCUUUAUGAACAUUCGUCAAAGCUUUGGUCGAACUGCUCUAUUACUUAGCGGCGGUGGUACCUUAGGCAUGAACCAUAUUGGUGUGGUUAGGACGCUUUAUGAACGUAAUUUAUUACCUCGCAUUAUAUCAGGUGCAUCCAGUGGAAGUAUCAUAGCUUCCUUUAUCUGUAUAAAGACAGAGGAUGAAUUACCUUAUGCAUUUGACCCUGAUCAAUUUAAACAAGCAAAGUCCUUUUUCACUCGUCUUCAAAGACUCUUCUCUCAAGGCCAAUUUCUUGAUGUUGAUCGACUGCAAAGGAUUCUCCGUCAUUACAUUGGUGAAUUUACCUUUCAGGAAGCAUUCAACCGAACAAGAUGGAUAUUAAACAUUACAGUUAGCUCAUCAACAGUAUAUGAUAUGCCCCGAUUACUAAAUUAUUUAACUGCUCCUGAUGUGCUUAUUUGGUCCGCAGUUGCUGCUUCAUGUGCUAUACCCGUGUUUUAUGGAUCCACUCAGAUCUAUGCAAAGGACAAGAACGGCAAGGUUGUUCCUUGGAAUCCAAGUGAGCAACUUUAUAUAGAUGGCUCUGUUGAAAAUGAUCUACCAAUGAACAAGUUAUCUGAGCUGUUUAAUGUCAAUCACUUUAUCGUCAGCCAAGUCAAUCCGCACGUCAUCCCAUUCCUUCAAAAGUCCAACGCUCCCUCCAAGACAAGACAGAUCACUAACUUUUGUAUGCAUUUAGCCAAAACUGAGAUCCAACAUCGUUGUACACAGGCAAGUAUCAUGCCUUCUUUUUUCAACAAGAUUCAGACUAUCAUGUCACAAAAGUAUUCUGGUGACAUUACUAUUAUACCCGAAGUAAGCUACUCUGAUUUCCUCAAAGUGCUUUCGAAUCCUACGACCAAAUCAAUCAGAGAUGCUAUUCUCCGCGGUGAACGAGCGACAUGGCCAAAAUUGUCGAUUAUUAGGAACCAUCUUCAAAUUGAGUUGGCUAUUGAUCAAAUCCUUUACCGACUCCGUUUGUUGAGAUUAAAUGAGCUUCAGAGUAACAAAAUAUCGCCACCACGACCCGUCAUGGAGUCUAGAUCUGUCUCACAUCUGAGUAUCACCACAACAGCCAAGAUACAACAAAAUGAACAAGAAAAAGAGACGGAAAUGACGUGCGAUAGUGAAUCACAGCCGAUCGUAUCUGAUCAAGUGUUGAAGAAGAGAGAAAGAAGUUCGACAAAGAGAGGAUUAAUGAUGACAAGACCUAAAUGA